GUUCCAGCAGUGGUACACUCGAUCACCGAGAGCCAGAUUCUGGCCAUGCGACAGCAGUGCCAGCUGGUCUGGGAGUCCUACUUCUCUUCUGUUGACAAGAUCAUCAACACAGUCCUAGAGGUGGUGAAAAACCGUAUACACACCAACUUGGUGCGACCAUCCUACCACUGGAACACAGUUCCUGGUGCACAUGUGGUGCUGCCUGAGUGGUCCGAUAUUCCCAACAACUACCCCUUCUACUACGGGCCCACAGGCGAGGUGCCCAGCGACAAGUUCACGGCCGUUAUCUAUGCCGUGUCCCCAGUCACAGCAUCAUCUCCCUUGUUUCGGGUACUCAAGAUGGUUGCAAAGUCCCACUACUGCCACAAGGUGUCUCAUUCAUGGUGUCUAACUUUGGGUGUCUCAUUCAGGGUGACUAAGAGUAGGUGUCUCAUUCAUGGGUUGAUUUCUUGUCUGGUACAAACCGAAAAGAUGAUUUCAACUAACAUAAUAUUUAGUUAUAUAUUAGACAUCACUGGGUUAAGCUUUGUAAUCACAAAGAACAACCAGUUGGUGCCAAGAACGUCCAGGUGGAGCGACAGUAUUUCCAGCAGAGACAGCAGUGCCUGGAUGAGUUUGUGGAGUACUUUGACUUGCAUUUGUUCUGGUCUAACACAGUUACUCAUCUCUGAGAUAGAUCCUACGGUUUCCUGCGCACGCGCGCACGCACGCACGCACACACACACACACACACACACACUUACUUUUCUCUAUCAUAGAUACUACGGUUCCCUGCGCGCGUGCCCCACUUUAGUGCAAACAUACUGGAAGACACAUGUGACUCCACAAAAAUACACAACCCCAAAAACAAUUACAUGA